CCUAUCUGAUUUGGACCCAUUUGCAUGCAGGUGAGAGGAGCCCAUAUAACUGAUGAGAUGAGAGCUGAGGCCACUUCCACCAGCAGCUGUCAGAGUCCAGGCAUUAAUUGAAAGACAGAAAAAUGAGUUCCCAACUGCAAACUGCUAUGGAGGGCCUCAUCGCUGUGUUCCACUGCUAUUCUGGAAAAGAAGGCGACAAGUACAAGCUGAGCAAAGCCGAGCUGAAGAACCUGUUGCAGGGCGAACUCAAAGAAUUCCUGGCAGGCAGCAAGGACCCCAAUGUGGUGGAGAAGAUAAUGGGUGACCUGGAUGAAAACCAGGACGGUCAAGUGGACUUCCAGGAGUUUGUCGUUUUGGUCGCUGCACUGACCGUCGCCUGCAACGAAUUCUUCAUAGACAGCCACAAGAGCUGCGGGAAAAGCAAGGAGCACUGAAAGUCUAAUAUUUCACAAUUUAAUCAAUAACCAUUUCUUCACAUCAUAUCAAUCAAUAAGUGUUGCAUCUUAAUCACAGCACCUUGUAAUGUAACAAAAUAUACACCAGCGCAAACCUCUUAAUGUCUUCCAUCUC